CGCCCGGCAGCCCGCGGCACCGCCUUCUAUCCGAGGAAACGGGCCAACACCGCCUGCCAGGUCUGCAGAGCCCGCAAGACAAAGUGCGAUAACAAGAAGCCCGCCUGUAGUUACUGCGUCAGCGUCGGCGCCACGUGCAUUCAGUCCCCGGUGGAUCUGUCCAGCUUCGACCCCGCCAGCCUGAAGAUCCUCGAUCGCAUUGACGAGCUGGAGCGUCUGCUGCGGCAUGCCGUCCCCAUACCCGGCCCCGAGGCUGCCGCGCCGCCAUCGCACCCGGACGACAAUAUGGACAUCAGCCUUCUGCCUCAGCGGGUAGACCACAUCCUGCAGUGGCCGGUCUUCCAGAACUCCGGCAGCCACCACCACUCGCCGGCCUCGUACCGCGCCCCUCCCGAUGCCAUCUCGACCCCUCCCUCCGGCUCGGCAUCGCUGGCGGGCCUUAUUGAUAUGGAUUCCCACCGCAUAUACAGAUUACUAGACAACUUCUUUCUGCACAUUCACUGCAAGAACCCAAUCCUCGACGAAGUCUUGGCACGCCGCAUGGUAAUCAACGCUUUUCUGGACGGCAUUGACUGGUCUCCCGCCUCGUGCCUGGCGCUCAUCAUAUGCGCUCUCGGCUGCAUCGCCACGCCCUUUGGCCCCAGCGGCGAGACCAAGCUGGGCACGCAGACCUACAACGACUCUCAGAUCUUCUUUCAGGCCGCCCAGAAGCGCAUCGGCAUUCUGCUCGUGCGCUCCGAUAUUGUCGGCGCCCAGUGUCUGUUUCUAUCAGGCGUCUAUCUGAUGAUGGUCUUCCAACCCGUCUACGCAUGGCGCUUCUUCUCUCAGGCCCUGGCAGCUUGCCAACACUUUCCCUUCCUGGCUCGGGCCCAGAACCUCAACGCCUCGCUCGACUCGAUGGAAAUGGGCCGCCAAGAUACCCAAGAACAGGCCGUGUACUGGUCUGCGUGGAAGUCGGAACGAGAGCUACGACAGGAGCUAGACCUUCCUGAUUUCGACAUCCUCCAUUCCGGGAGCACCUUGUAUCCGCCCUUUUUCCCCGCGCCUCCAAUUGCCCCGGCCGAGUCUCCGGACGGGCCAGACUCCGAGACACAGCGGGCUCGCGCCGCCUGGCUGUUCUACCUCGCCGAGAUCUCGCUCCGCCGUCUCACCAGCCGCCUUUCCAGAGAAGCCUUAGAUCUCCGCCAGCGCUAUUCCUCUGACUCGGUACUGCUCGACAUGCUGCUGGAUAUGAUGCCCGAGUACGAGGCUCAGAUCCGCGAGUGGUCGGAGAGCCUGCCCGCUGACCUCUCCAUCCAUACUCCCGUGGAAGAGGACGGCAUAUGCCGGUCGGUCCUCCGAGGCAGGAUGAUUAAUCUCUUGGAGCAGAUUUACUGGCCUUUUGUCAUGGCCAGCAUUAGCGCUCAUGCCACAAGGCGUCCCGUCAAGCCAGCUGUGGCAGAGUUUGCCAAACGGGGCCUGGAGACACACAUGCAUCAGGUACACGUCAACAAGCCUGGUUUCCAUCAUCGACAUCAUGGGAGCAUGUUCAUGAUUCGGGCCUGCACGCGAAGCGCCUUGGUUUUGCUAGCAGCCGCCAAAGCGGGGUGUGCCAUGCCCACCGACUGGGAGGAUUCUGUUUACAAAACCGUCGGCAUGCUGGCCUACUGGGAGGACGAGGACAGAGACUUGAUACACUGGAGAUCAACCCUGGAGCGAGAGCUC